CUCCAAAAAGCGCGCUAUAUGGGUCUUGGAUUCAGUCGGGUCAUCGUCUUCUAGGGUUUUGUUGGUCUGCAGGGUUUUACCAGCACAUGGCCAACUUCCAAGCUCCAUUUUCAACAAACUCAUUAAUGUAGACAAAAAAUGUCGGCCUGAAUCUCUCCCCUAUCUCUUUAUGCUGCCUUCUAUGUUUCUUGGUAUUAUAUACUGGAAAUGUUAUGGAAAUGGUUCUCCAGUGGAAGAAUUGCUUCACAUCGAAUGCUCAAAAUGGAAUCUUUUCCCUCAUUUCGAAGUCUAUGCUCACAAAUUCAAUGUUUUGCUGAUAACCCACAAGGUUCCUUUUCUUCUAGACAUUACCAGAAGUUUCCUGAAAAUUCCAAAAUUAUACUCACCCCUAGAAUUGUACAUACAACUAUAUCAAAUUGCCGUUCUGACAUUCUUGCUUUUUCUUUUUUCUUGUGGUGUGCAAGGCAACCCAAUUACUUUCAUGAUAGGGGCACAUUGACCCACAUAGUUAGUAUUCUGUCUCGGUUGACGCAGAGAUUUAGAACAGUGAAAGGGAUUAUUAAGGGAUUAGAGGAGGUUGGUUGUGUAAUAAAGCCACAAACUUUGUUGUUUUUGCUUAGAAUUUAUUGGUUUGGUGGAAUGUAUGAUAGAGUUUUCGAGGCCUUUGAGGAAAUACUUAGAUAUGGUUAUACUCCAAAUACUUUUUCUAGGAAUAUUGUAAUGGAUGUAUUGUUCAAGAUUGAGCGUGUCGAAGUGGCACUUAGAGUUUUGAAAGAAACCCAGGUUCCAAAUUUUUUGUCGUAUAGCAUUGCUGUGUGUAACUUGUGUAAGCUCAAUGAUUUGGUUAAUCUUCAGGAUGUACUUACAAUAAUGUUGAGGAAACAGUAUUAUCCUAACCAGGAGACAUUUUUUGUGAUUUUGAAUUGUUAUUGUAAAGGAGGUUGCAUAGCAGAGGCAAAACAGAUAUUGGGUCUGAUGGUAGUUUUGGGUGUUCCUAUAUGUGAGAGAGUUUGGAGUAUAUUAAUACAUGUUCACUGUAAAGCUGGGAACAUGGAUGCUGCGAGUCAUUUACUUAAGAAGAUGGUAGAGAGUGGGUAUUCACCAAAUGUUGUAACUUGCACAUCAUUGAUCAAGGGAUUUUUUGAGUCCCAGAUGCCAAGCAAGGCAUUUGGGAUCUUGGAUACCAUGGAAUCAAAAGGAUGCUCCCCUGAUUUGGUUCUUUGUAAUGUGUUAAUAGACUGCCUCUCUAAAAUGGGGAGGUAUCAAGAUGCAAUUAAUGCUUUCUUCCUUUUGCGGGAGCAAAGACUAAUACCCGAUUCUUAUACUCUUUGUUCUCUGAUUACAACCGUUUGUCUCUCUAAGCAAUUCGUUGAACUACCUCUGCUCAUAACUGGCUUCAAGAUCCAACCUGAUUUAGUUGCUUGUAACUCUUUCCUUAGCUAUUUCAGCAAAGCUGGUUAUCCUGUUGGUGCCAUUGAAUUUUACAAUGACAUGAUAGAUAGAGGCUUCGUAGCAGAUAAAUAUACCUUUGCUGGAUUAUUGACUGGAUUAUGCAGGUCAGGUAGGAUAGGAGAGGCAGUCAAGGUGUACCAUGGACUUCUUAGAAGUUAUGUUGGGCUUGAUUCUCACAUAAUUACUGUGAUAAUAAAUGGGCUAAUAAAAUCUGGUAAAUUUCACAAAGCUAUUAGCUUAAUCAGGAAAGCCGCUUCAGGGAAGUCCCAACUAGAUGAUGUUUUUUACAGUAUUGCCAUUAGUGGACUUCUUACUGGUGGUGAAGUUGGAGAAGCUUAUGUCUUGUUCCGCCAAAUGAAGGAGGUUAGUCUAGCCCCAAGUAAACAGACCUAUAAUCUGAUUCUCUCGGGUUUCUGUAAAAGAAGUGAUGUUAGCAUGGUUGAAGAGAUCUUACUUGAAAUGGUUGAUGCUAGUGUUGAAGUUGACCAUUUAAGUCUGAGGUUUAUGAAAAAUCUCCUGUAUAGAUCCCGCCAUUCUGCUUCACUCUUUACUCUAUUGACUGAUGUUUCAACUUCCGGAAUCAUUCCAAGGGAAGCAUAUGCAGAAUUGAUCGAUGAGCUAGUUCAUCAGGUAAACAUCAGAAAUGUGCAUACGGAAAGGUCUACUAGUGUUGAUUUUGGUGCAUCCAGCUCAGACGAAAUCCAGGAGGUGGCUGUUUCAGUUGGUUGAGAUGUUUUGACUCGACAGCUUAUUCCGUCUAUAGCAAAGUUCUGUAGUUGAGUUCAGCAAGAAUCUGAGCUUACUCUCUCUCGGAAAACCUAUGAUGAUCAUAUGAUCUUAAGAAUGAAUUGAUUCCCUAAAGGAGGAGGAUAUUGAACCAUGGAAGAGUUGCCUGACGUGAUAAUACAAAAAAAGGAAUUCAUGAGAUGUGGUUGGUUCGCUAAAUGCUGAGUGAUACUGUAAUCCUUUGCUUGUGUCAUUUGCGAAAUGGUGUUGAAAUAUAUCUCGUGAACCCUGGGGCUCGGUAGACUGUUCUUGUUGCUCCCACAACCGGAGGUUAUGAGCAAGAUGGAGCAAUACACUCUGGAAGAUGAUGUUGUUACUCUCCCCAUGAAAACUGGUAUGUGGAGAGAUGGAGCAAGUAAGGGUACUGAGGCUUAUUAUUGUACUUGUUUUUAUAAGCUGCCGCGACUUUAUAUUUUCAGUAUUGAAACUCAAAAUGUACAAGAUCUGGCAAGUGCUUGGAAUGCAAUAUAGGAGCUUGCCAACUAUGUACUUGGGCCAAGGGCAUUCGGCAAGGAGUAGUAUAGGAUUUUGAGAAGAAAGCUAUCUGGUUGAAAGAAGCAAUACCUUCCCUUUGGUGGGAGAAUAAAUUUAAUAAACAGCAUUUAAGAUUCUUUGCCAACUUAGCUGAUGUCUCUGCUUCCCAUGCCGAAAAAGGUGGAGAGAGAGAAAGGUGGACAAGCCAAGAAGAGAUUUUCUAUGGGAAAGGAACAAGGAAAAUAAGUCCAUUCAUCUGGUGUAGGAAACUUUUACAGGAAAUAAAAAAGGAGGUGGUUUGGGUAUAAGAAAUUUACAGUUGCAGAAAAAAAAAGGCUUCUUUUCAAGUGGCUGUGUAGAUAAAGUCAAGUGGAAAUUCCUCGGAAGAAAAUUGUGUCAGAUUAAAAUGUACUAACUCUGUUAGUUUCCCUCAUACUUGUGGCUUGUGGAAGAAUAUAAGAAGCCUUUGGGAGGAGUACGAAAAACCGAUACAGUUAAAGCUAGAGGAUGACAGAAGAAUACUUUUCUGGUAUAACGAUUGGGUGGUGAAUACUCCUCUAAGAGAUAGGUCCCCGUUCUCUCCAGUUUUGCAGAAAACAGCAGGGCAACAGUAGAGCAAAUGUACAAGUAAUCAAGGCUGGGUAGUGAAAUUUAGAAGGAAUUGUACUGAUUGGGAGGUGGACAAUAUGGCCCAGCUUCUUGAAGACCAACUACUGUAUGGCUCACACAUUCAGCCUGACAAAGUCGACUCUCAUUUGGAAAUUGCAUGGUAGUGAAAAAUUCUGUGAUUUCAGCAUGUAGGAGCUUGAACGCUUUGGGUAAUAGGUAUAUUGUGUGAUUGUAGCAGAUGUUGUGGUAAAACAGUGCCCCUUUUAAUGUGCAAUGCUUGAUUUCUACUGCUACACGAAGCUAUUCCAUCCCAGUAUAACCUGCAAGAGGAGGUUUAUCACUUAUGUAAUUGAUGUCAUCUGUGUGAAAAAGGAAUUGAAGAUGUAAAUCAUCAUCUCCGCAUCCUUUUAACCUAGAUCUCUCUGUAUGGACCUAUUCUAUUUUUUCUAGCACAAUCUACUUCUGGCUGAAGCCGAAUCAAACGUACAAUGUAUUUUGUCCUUGGCAUUUUGGUGUAUGAUGGAAUGUGUCUUUUUGUUAGGCAUGAUGUUAGGCUUUUAUCAAUUUUCAUCAGUGUUGGUCAGGCGUGACAAAUGGGCCGUUGGGGCUAAAAUUGGCUGGAUCAAAAUGGAUUGAGCUAAUAGACAGAUCAAUAGUUAUAUAUAUGUAUCGGAAGAUAA